AUGCUUGUGUAUAGUCAGGGAGAUGCAGAGGUUCAGAUGUUUGCUCCAGAUGUGUCUCAGGUGCAUGUGAUCAACCAUGAGAAAGGUCAAAGUGAAGUGUUCUCUAAGAAUGCUUUAUCAGAAUCAGCACGUAUCGCUAGGAGCAACAUCACUGACCUGGCAAAACUGAAUGUCAGUAAUCAUGAAGCGGUUAUCUUUCCUGGUGGAGUGCUGGCUACCAUCAUUGUGUCAACAUUUGCCACUGAUUGGAAGGACUGUAAGGUGAAUAAGGAAGUGGAGCGAGUUUUGAAGGACUUCAAUAAAGCAAUAAAGCCAAUUGGGUUGUGCUGUACAUCUCUGGUGCUGGCAGUGAAAGUUCUUCCUGGUGUGGAUGUGACGGUGGAUCAUGAGGAGCCAUAUGCUGGAACUACACAAGCACUGGCAGCCAAACAUACUGUCAAAGAAAAAAAAGAUCAAUGUGAUCUAUGAGGUCAGGUCAGGCCAGGCAGAUGUGUUUCCCUGCUGGUUACUUUAGAUCUCGUUCCUUCUGACAGAGGCUGGUUCUCAGACCAAGGCAUCUAGUUGUUCUGUUCCCAGGCACAGCACUCUUUGAUGGGGAUUUUUCCCACCCACCUCUCAACAGCCUACCCACUUUCCACACCCGUCCAGAGAGGCUGGGCAAACAAGACCCCGCGUUCUGACAAUUUGUCCGUACAAAACACAGGGAUUUGGGGACCUACAGACACUCUUACAGACAAAUGGUAAGUAUUUGCCUGGCAGUCUGAGAAUCCUCAC